UGCUAGCAGAGCAGAGUGUGCGAAGCCACGGGGCAGCUCCUUCACAUCUUGCGUUGUGUAGUAUCUCAAAGGCAGAACUAGCACGAUGGCCACGGAUAUCCAGCAGUGCUUACGGGUAUUUCGGAGCGUAAGAGGUGGCUGUUUUCUGUAAAUUUUAUUCAGUUUUUACGGCGCAGGAAUAAAGCUCCUCGAGAGUGUACAUAUUAUAUCAGCGGAAGGCAUUGUGUAUACAUGCGUGGCGGCUGUUGUUGUCGGCAGCCGUGUCUGUCCAGCUCAGCCACACAUCUCCAGCCUCGUUAGCAAGUUAGCAAGUCAACAUUGUGUGUUUACAUCGACGCUAAGCUAGCAUUGGUGCUAGCUUGGCUGGUUUGUUUGGUGGGAGCUGGUGUGUAGGUGAUGUUGUCCGUGUUGUCGUACGGUAGACUGGUUGCCAGAGCUGUCAUUGGCGGACUUUCUCAGACAGACAGCCGCGACUACAGCCUGGUGACAGCGAGCUGCGGCUUCGGCAAGGAUUUCCGCAAAGGUAUCCUCAAGAAAGGGAUGUGCUAUGGGGACGACGCGUGCUUCAUCGCCCGACACAGAUCCGCUGACGUUUUGGGUGUCGCAGAUGGAGUAGGUGGCUGGCGGGACUAUGGAGUGGACCCGUCGCAGUUUUCAGGUACACUGAUGAAGACAUGUGAGAGGCUGGUGAAGGAAGGACGCUUUGUCCCCAGCAACCCUGUGGGAGUCCUCACAACCAGCUACUACGAGCUGCUGCAGAACAAAGUGCCACUACUGGGUAGCAGCACGGCUUGCAUUGUGGUUUUGGACCGGCAGAGUCACCGACUGCACACAGCUAACCUGGGAGACUCAGGCUUCCUGGUGGUCCGGGGAGGGGAGGUGGUGCACCGCUCAGACGAGCAGCAGCACUACUUCAACACGCCCUUUCAGCUGUCCAUUGCACCUCCGGGGGCCGAAGGGGCCGUCCUCAGUGACAGCCCUGACGCGGCGGACAGCUCAUCCUUUGACGUCCAGCUGGGUGACAUCAUCCUCACCGCCACCGAUGGGCUCUUUGACAACAUGCCCGAUUACAUGAUCCUGCAGGAGCUGAAGAAACUCAAGAACACAAACUAUGAGAGCAUCCAGCAGACUGCCCGGAGCAUCGCAGAGCAGGCCCACAUACUGGCGUAUGACCCCAACUACAUGUCACCUUUUGCACAGUUUGCGUGUGACAACGGACUGAAUGUAAGAGGAGGGAAGCCAGAUGACAUCACAGUGCUGCUGUCUAUAGUGGCAGAAUACACCGACUAGAGUGUGUGUAGAGCUGUGGCAGGGGGCCUUUGCCUUUGCAGGUGAUGGACUGCUUUGAUUCCUGCUGGACAGGAAGAAGAAGUGAUGUCAGACGCUCCCUCCCCCCCCUGUAUGUUCUGGCUCUGCUCUGCCUCAGUCCCCCCUGGCUGACCAUCAACCCCUUCUGACAUCCCAUACCCCCUGAAAAAAACAUGCCUACUUCUCUGUGACUGGGCACAUCAGAGAAGAGCUCAAUAAAGAGGACAAGAGACCUGAAACAUCCUCUUGGCCAGGCUGCAGCGUUGGCAUCUUUGCAGUGUUCCAGUGCUCACUGGAUAAUCCCAUUGGCCAGGAUAAGCGGUCAGUGGGCACUUUGGAGAUGAGAAUCAUGUCUGACAAGGAUAAGUCGUCUUUCUCAGAUGGGUGGUUGGGCAGGGAGGAAGUUGAGAUUCAGAGACAGAGGCAGAUUUAGCCAGACAGUAGGUGUUAGCCCCAUGCUGGGCUGCUGGAAGGGAAAGAUACAGUCCAUCAGUAGUGUCAAGAAGGAAC